CUUUGCCGCCUUCGGCCCUUCGCCAUCGCCAACAACCACUCAUUGUCCGCCGCCGAUCCUGACUUAAAUAUCAUAUUGUCCCUGGAAAAGAUAAUCGAUUUCAUCCCGUACCCCAAAUUGGUAUGUUUCAUUGUCUAAUUGCUUUCUCCACUCCAGAAGUAAACCCUAAUUCUUCACAGGAAAUCACCUUUCUACCGGUAAUCUGGCAAUUCUGUCUAUACUGGUCUUAAUCUCUGGUUCUGCGGGAUAUCAAAACCAGCCUUCGGAACGAGAUCUCGGUUCUUAAUUCCCAAUUGUAUCAUUAUUCAACCAGAAAACCCUAGUUCUUAACUACCCAAUUCCUAAUUUCCUGAACCUUGAUUUCGUUUUCCCGAUCAGAAUCUGCGUCACCUGUUAACUAAUUCCACUAUCUACCCAGUUAAUUUCCAGGCAAAACACCAAUACCCAGAUCUGCAAAGUAUCAAAUUUGCACCUUGUUAUCUCGAUAUCGCUUUGUUGAUGGGCAGAGUUAGUGUUAAUAGAGAGCUCUCCGGACCCUCAACUUCUUCCUCGCAAAACCCACCAGUCACGACCUCUAUUUCCCGCACUGAAACCGUAAAUGGAUCGCAUGAAUUUAAGAUCAGCGGGUACUCGCUUGCCAAGGGAAUUGGGAUCGGCAAAUACGUAGCAUCCGAGACGUUCAUGGUGGGUGGCUAUUCGUGGGCCAUCUACUUCUACCCUGACGGCAAGAGCGUUGAGGAUAACGCGGUGUACGUUUCGCUCUUCAUUGCACUUGCGAGCGAGGGAACGGAUGUCCGGGCACUUUUCGAGCUGACACUUUUGGAUCAGAGCGGAAAGGGCCAUCACAAGGUUCAUAGCCAUUUUGGGAGAGCACUCGAGAGCGGACCUUACUCGCUAAAGUAUCGAGGGAGUAUGUGGGGCUAUAAACGCUUUUUCAAAAGAACUCCUCUAGAGACAUCGGACUUCCUUAAAGAUGAUUGUCUCUCCAUUUCAUGCUGCGUUGGUGUAGUUAAGUCACAAACAGAGGGACCAAAAAUCUAUUCAAUUGCAGUGCCACCUUCUGAUAUUGGUCAGCAUUUUGGGAGGCUUCUUGAAAGUGGAAAGGGAACUGAUGUGAAUUUUGAAGUUAAUGGGGAAAUAUUUGCUGCCCAUAAACUGGUUCUUGCAGCACGUUCACCUGUGUUCAGGGCCCAACUUUUUGGACCACUGAAGGAUAGAAACACCCAACGCAUAAAAGUGGAAGAUAUGGAAGCUCCAGUGUUUAAGGCAUUGCUCCAUUUCAUUUAUUGGGAUGCCCUUCCAGACAUGGAAGAGCUUGUGGGUUCAAACACAAAAUGGGCUUCAACACUUAUGGCUCAGCAUCUGCUUGCGGCUGCAGACCGUUACGCGGUUGAGAGGCUCAGAUUGCUCUGUGAGGCUGAACUUUCUGAUGGUGUUGCCAUAAACACAGUCGCAACUACAUUAGCCUUGGCAGAGCAGCAUCAUUGUUCUCAUGUAAAAGAUAUAUGUCUCAAAUUCAUUGCAUUGCCUGAAAACUUAAAAGGUAGGGUGUUUCAAUGUCAACUGCAUUUUGCUUUCAUUGACAUGAUCAUAGGGUUUCUCAAAAAUCAUUGGUUUUAUAUAGGUAGUGGAAUAUGCUAGUACCAAAGAACCACCUAAUUACUUAUAUGUCUGUAUGGUGCUGUUGGGUAUAGUUAGUGUCUGUAUGAUUUUAUUGGCAUUUCAUUUGUUAGUGCUUCACCUCUAUCUUGCAUUGCACUUCUCUUACAACUCCAAACUCUUGUACACAAAGCAUGCAGCUUGCUCUUUUCUGUGGGGAUCACACUUUUUGCUAAAAGUACUUUCCCUUUUGUGGUUUCCUUUUGCUAAAAGAACAAUGGUGGCCUUGUGUUUUCUAGCUGAAAGUGUAGUCAGGAUCAGCUCUUUGUUAUGUUUUGUGGUUUUAAAUUGCACUGGCAUGUGCCAUACAGCCAGCCAUCUUUCUUUCUAAUGAUCGUGCAUGAUUGUAUCAGUCUGCAAGUUGCCCUUUUUCCGUUUGAUUUGACAUUGCUGUUUCUUUUUCUCAGUCUUGCUGGAUUCACAGUGAGAUAAUGAGUAGAUGACAAGUGCUUUUGAACUGUUUUUCAGCUGUGAUGCAAACAGAUGGUUUUGAAUAUCUAAGAGAAAGUUGUCCUUUUAUCCUUACUGAACUGCUGCGACAUGUGGCCAGAAUUGGGGAGUAUUCUAUCGCUUGUAGAGAUAAUCAAAAUCAGAAUGAAGCCCCAUUGGACGGUUGUGAUGCAUAUGGACGGCGGGUGAAGCCAAGGUUACAUUGAUUUAGGAAUACCAGAUCGCUCAUCCUAUGGCCAAGGAAGAAACAAUAAAAAGUUAGCCUUUUAGCUUUAGCAUUUUUGGAUUGCACUAACGGUUGAAAAUUUAUAUGAGAAACUUAAGGUUCAUGUUGUACAGUCAAUUCAUAUGAAUGUAGUUGGAUUGAUGAGCAUAACCUGUUGAAAGAUCAAUAUAUUGCUGAUGUAUGAAUGAUUGGAUCAAGUCAUAUCCACCAUCAUAUGCAUUGUGUUAUUGCUCAACCGUCCUUAAGGAGCAUCUUAAUCCCUUGUAUAUUACUGGAAUUAGCAAUCAAAAAAUUGUUAUGCA